CUCUUUCAUCGCAGGAUUUCUGUCACGAUGGAACAAUCUGGAACAGAACGUCAUACUCCACCGACCACCCAACCCAGCCAAGGUCUAUCAAGUGGCGAAGAUAUCGAAGAUGAAAGGCCGCCAAGAGGGGGUUUAUUCGUAACCCCAGAUCCUGACGACGACAUAAGAAUGCAGGGUCACACUGAAGAACCCAUCAACCAUCCUCAAGUUCCCAACCCACACUUGAACGGCCAUGACCCAAAUCAACGCAUUCGUUUGGCACAGGAGGCCAUGAGACGGGAGAUUUUACUCAAACGGAAAUCGGGGACGGAAUCCAUCUUUGAUGGAAGCGGCAGGGUAAAGAUCCAAAGAUCAAACCCCAGCACCGGAUCAUUUCAUGGGGAGAUUCCAUUCACAGAAAAUGCAGAUCACAACGAGGAAGACCAUUCCUGGAUGGACGCGGAUAAUGAUGGAAGUAGCACCGAUGAACGAGAGGCUCUAUUGAGGAACAUGAACGCUCUGGAAGAGGCAAGGGAGAGGAACAACGGAGAAUUGACUGGUAGCCAACAGCUGGAGUACCUCCAAGCCAGCCAGCGCCUCCACACUGCAUCCCGACGGCUGCAAAAAGGCAAAUCAUCCUCUGGGCUAAGCAUAGGAACAGCUGACAUGCAUGUCGAUCCCAUGAGCGACGAUGAUGAUGCCGGAAUAUACCCUGAGAUGGCGGAAGGGCUUCCAGAUUUCACUUCUCAAAGCGAACCACUACUGGUGACGGCUGGAGGCCAAGCGAAACCACCACGGAAAAAAACCGUAAAGAGGACAGCACGAGACGUCCAUAGCUCAAAGCAAGCUGCAAAGACAGAAGCUGCUGGAAAUAGAGGUCGUGCACCAAAGAAAAGCAGGAAGCAGCCAGGCACUGUUCCCACAGGCGUCCACAAAACCACCUAUAAAAGCAGGAUGAGAAAUAAAUGGCCAGAAGUUGAUGAUACAGUACAGAAGCUCCUGGCAAGCCUCAUUCAAAGCGAUACUAUCAAGGAGCGCAUGGAACAAGGCGAUGUUGAAGAAGGUCCUGAUAUCAUCACAAACAAUAAGGCCAGUCAGCUGAGAGAACUUCUCAGCAGCAUCCCUCGAGAUUAUGACGCUAACAGAGCAAAAAAUGAGAGAAAUACAUUGAAUGAAGCAUCGAAAUCAUUUGGUCAUGGGCGAGUCAAAGCGAAAAAUGGGAAAUGGCUUCUGGUCGGCAUGAAGACGCCACUGUACCAUCACCAGCUACUGGCAGCAGAUUGGAUGGUUAGACGUGAGCUUUCCUUGGAUCGGCCUCAUGGGGGUCUAUUGGCGGAUGCUAUGGGUCUUGGGAAGACUGUGUCGACUUUGGCCACGAUGGUAGGAAAUCCGCCGGCAGAAGAGGACAUCGCAGAGAUGAGAAAGGCUACGCUCAUAGUAGUCCCGGCAAGCUUACUUUCACAGUGGGAGGCCGAAAUUAAAGUGCAUGUCGACGAGAAGAUAUUCCAAAAAGUCAUGCCUUAUAAAUCGUCUUCAAGAAUAUCUACCAACAUUCUCUCAGACUGUGAUAUUGUGUUGACGAGCUUUACAGAAGUUGCGAAUAGCUGGCCGUUUCCAAGCUCUGUGGAAGACAAGGCUGAUGCAAGUCUAUUGGGAGAGGAUGAGUGGGCCAAUAAUCGCGAUUCCCUGAAAGGCGACUUACAGCGAGUCAAAUGGUAUCGAAUUGUCCUGGAUGAAGCUCAGGCGAUCAAAAAUUAUAGAUCACGGACUUCAAUAGCUUGCCACAAGCUGGACUCAACUUACCGAUGGGCUCUUUCAGGCACUCCCGUCUUAAACAGCCUCAACGAGCUCUAUCCAUAUUUUCGCUUUCUUCGCAUGAACUGGGCAAGCACUUUCCCUGUUUUCAAGAAAAACUUUGGAGAUCCUGAUGCCAACGAUUCAACUAAGAGACUGAAUGUCAUGCUUAGUGUGAUUAUGAUGAGGCGAACAAUUGGAUCCACAAUACUUGGACGUCCUUUGGUUCAGUUGCCGCCAAUUCAUCCUUCUCUGCAGAUUUUGAAUCUCAGCGGAGUGGAGAGGGCAAUCUAUCGCACAUUGGAAGACCGUUUCCGGGGAAUGAUGAACAACCACUUCAAGGCAGGGACGGCCGAAAAAAACUAUGGGCUAUAUUUGACACAGCUUCUGAGGCUCAGGCAAGCCGCAUCCCAUCCUUUUCUGCUUGAGAGAUGCAUCAAGGACCUGUUCGAUGCCGAGGAUUUGCUGGGGCUUAAGCUCAGGCUAAAGCGUCUUAAGAAAGACAAACGUCCAAUUUAUGAGCAAAUCGAACUCUGGACUUCAAAGCCUGCAACAAACAACGAACCGAAGCAAAGCGGUGACAGUGUUUCAUUCGGGCGUUCUGACUUUGGAAACAAGUUCGAUUUCGAAGGGUUUCUCAGUGAGGCUGAUCACGAAAAGAUCUAUGCCCGCAUCGUUUGCAUUCUUUGCUCAGACCUACCUCAGGACCCUGUUAAGACAGACUGCGGACACAUAUUCUGCAGGGCCUGCCUUGAGGGAAACAUACACGCACAGGCGGCUACGUUGGAGUUCGAUUAUACGGCUUGCCCAAAGUGCGAGAAAAUAUUCGAGCAUUAUGAGCCGUGGAGAAACCCUGAUUCAAGAGGUAGCGAUGACGGUGCUGGCUCUGAACGUUCAGAUCCUUCAUCAGGCCAACCCACCACACAAACUUUCAGAAGAAAAGAUGCAAACUAUAAGCCACACAUCAAGGACUCAGAGUGGCUAAAAACAUGCAUCGAAAACCCUAAAAAGCUUCUGCCGAGCGCCAAAACCAUUGCCCUCAAGGCUCAAAUUCUCCAUUGGGUACAUGAGGCACCAGAUGAUAAAAUCUUGGUAUUCACGCAAUUUCGAAUGAUGACAAGGAUCGUGGGUUUGCUCUGCGAGAAGGAGCGCUGGGGCCACGUAUAUUUCACUGGCGAUAUGAACAUGAAACAACGAACCCAUGCAGUUGAGCAAUUCCACACUGAUAAGAAAAUCAAGAUCAUGAUCGCUGUUCUGAAAUGUGGCGGAGUGGGUUUGAACCUGAAAUGCGCCAAUCGAUGCAUCACCAUCGACCCCUGGUGGAACCACUCUGUGGAACAGCAAGCAUUUGGUCGUAUCUUCCGGAUUGGGCAAAUGAAGGAAACUCAUGUUGCUCGAUUUGUUGUGAAGAACACAGUCGACAUGCGAAUCCUAAACAUGCAGAAGGAGAAGAUGGCUGAGAUUGACGGAGUCAUGAUAGAGGCCGGAAAGCCCCUUGAUCCACUGAGUAUUGAAGAAAUGGCGAGCUUAUUCGGUCACUUGGUGAAAGGUGACGAUGGAAUCACGCAGGUGGUCGCGGAUUAUGAAAGCGAGGCGGAAAGUGACGGGGACUAUGAAGACGAGGGCCAGGUCGCUGAGGAGAUUGCCGAGUAGCUGAGUGGCUUACGAAGGGGCUUCGGUCCAUCGAUUGCCGAAGAGGGCGCUGAGUGGGCGCGUGUUCGGGGAAGAGGUUUCGUUGGAUCGGUCAUUGAGGAGAGCGCCGAGUGGCGAGUGGUUCGAGAAGGAGUUUCAUUUCGUCGAUCAUUGAGGAAGG